CUGUACAGCGAGAGGGAUUCUCCUCCUGUGGUGUUUUGGUCCAGGCGAGCCCACUCUCAAAAAUGACAGCAAGGAAGUCUGGCUCACGACUGGAGACCGAGAUAGAGCGGUGCCGUUCAGAGAGUCAAUGGGACAAGAUACCGGAGCUAGUACGACAGCUCUCGGCCAAACUCAUAUCAAACGAUGACCUAGGGGAGUUGUUGCUGGGAGAAUGCAAGCUUCAGACGUACCUGAAGGAGAACCCCAUCAAACAGGGGGCCAGUCCCAGGGGCCCGCGACCUAAACUGGUGGAGGUCAGGAAACACCUGACUGCUGCUCUGGACAGAGGGAACCUCAAGGCCGAUUACCUCCAGGAAGCCAGCCUGUUGAUGGCCAAGCUGUGCUAUGUGGAGGGAGAACACCGAGACGCUUUAGGUCACUACAGCAGGGUGAUCCUGGAGGACAUGCAGCUGGGGGGGGCUCCUGUGUACAGGCUGUCCAUGAUAGCAGAGGCGUACGCUACUAAAGGACUGUGCCUGGAGAAGGUCCCGGCCGCCUCUCCGGCUCUGUCCAAUCAGAACACUGGGUCUCCAGCGUCCAAUAGGAGCGCAACAGACCGGGAGCAGGAUAUCAUCACCUGCUAUGAAAAGUCUGGAGACAUCGCGCUGCUCUACCUGCAGGAGGCUGAGAAGGCGUUGUCAGCAGGAAUUCAGAACCGCAGCCCGAAGCCUGGCCCGACCGCCCAGGACCUGGAACUGGGCUACUUCCUGGAGACGGGCCUGCAGAGGGCACACGUCAUCCACUUCAAGAACGGCAACCUGACACGAGGCGUGGGCCGUUUUCGGGAGAUUCUCCGAGCUGUGGAGAACAGAACCACCCAGAGCCUGCGCAUGACUAUAGCCAGACAGCUAGCAGAGAUCCUGCUCAGAGGGAUGUGUGAACAGAGUUACUGGUCUCCUCUGGAAGACCCGCCCACCGUGUCGCCAUUGGACGACCCCACACGGCAGGGACACACCAUCAGCAAGAACUACAGCCUGAGCCGACGCGCCCGGGUCUACUCGGGAGAGAAUCUGUUCUGCCCUCAGGAGAACACAGAGGAGGCUCUGCUGCUGCUGCUGAUCAGCGAGUCCAUGGCUAACCGGGACGCCGUCCUCAGCAGGAUCCCUGAACACAACAAUGAUCGCAUCAUCAGCCUGCAGUCGGCCUCGGUGGUGUACGACCUGCUGACCAUCGCUCUGGGCAGGAGGGGGCAGUACGAGAUGCUGUCAGAGUGUCUGGAGAGAGCCAUGAAGUUUGCCUUCGAGGAGUUCCACCUGUGGUACCAGCUCGCUCUAUCGCUAAUGGCUGCUGGGAAAUCAGCGCGGGCCGUUAAAGUCCUGAAGGAGUGCAUCCGUCUGAAGCCCGACGACCCCACCAUCCCACUGCUGGCUGUCAAGCUGUGUAUCGGACCCCUACACUGGCUGGAUGACGGGGAGUGCUUUGCCAACAUUGUGAUUGACAUGGGGGAGAAAGCAGCAGAGUUCAGAGCCAAAGGCUACCUGGCCAUUGGGCUGGUGUACAGCCUGAAAGCCACUGACGCCUCGUUGCGGAGCACGCAGGAGGAGUACCAGAGGAAAGCUUUGGGAGCCUUCCAGAGAUCUCAGAGUCUGUCUCCCACUGACCAUCUCGCAGCCUUCUACCUGGCGCUGCAGCUCGCCGUCUCCAGACAGAUCCCAGAGGCUCUAGGCUACGUCCGACAGGCGCUGCAGCUCCAGGGCGAUGACGUCCACUCCCUCCACCUGCUCGCCCUGCUGCUCUCCGCUCAGAAACACUACCACGACGCGCUCAAUAUCAUAGAGAUGGCUCUGUCCGAGUACCCCGAGAACUUCAAUCUGCUGUACACCAAGGUGAAGCUGGAGUCCAUGUGUAGAGGACCGGAGGAAGCUCUGCUCACCUGUAAACACAUGCUGCAGAUCUGGAAGAGCUUUUACAACCUCACUAACCCCAGUGAUUCUGGCCGUGGCAGCAGUCUUCUGGACAGAGCCAUAGCAGACAGACGGCAGCUCAACGCCAUGACCCUGCCUGACUUCAGCGACCUAGACACAGGCUCAGUUCAUGCUACGUCUAUAGCAGCCAGUCGCGUAGAGCAGGCUCUGUCCGAGGUGGCCUCCUCCAUGCAGAGCAGUGCCCCCAAACACGGACCCAUGCACCCCUGGAUGACCCUGGCUCAGAUCUGGCUGCACGCAGCGGAGGUGUACACCGGCAUGUCGAAGCCGGCUGAAGCCUCGGCCUGCACACAGGAAGCCUCCAACCUCUUCCCCACGUCCCAUAAUGUACUGUACAUGAGGGGGCAGAUCGCAGAGCUCCGGGGGAACAUCGAGGAGGCCAAGCGCUGGUACGAAGAGUCGCUGUCCAUCAACCCAACACACGUCAAGACCAUGCAGAGACUGGGUCUGAUCCUCCACCAGCUGCAGCGCUACAGUCUGUCAGAGAAAGUGCUGCGGGACGCUGUGCAGGUCAACAGUACGGCUCAUGAUGUGUGGAACAGUCUAGGGGAGGUGCUGCAGGCUCAGGGAAACGCCGCUGCGGCAACCGAGUGUUUCCUGACCGCGCUGGAGCUGGAGGCCAGCAGCCCCAUCCUGCCCUUCACCAUCAUCCCCCGAGCACUUUGAGACACACACACACACACACACACACACACACACACACACACACACACUAAGGCACAAAUGAUGGACCUGCAUGCACUUGCACAAGGUUUUUCUCCUGUACCCUCACUGUAAAUACACACACACACACACUGUAUACAAAUUGUAAACAUAAUUAAACAUGUGCGCUUCCCCCUGUCCACCCACUCUUCCCACAAUGCCUUGCUGUAACUGUGACCCCUGACCAUGUGUGUGAGGCCAUACAUUGCUUGUGUAUGUGAGACUGUCUGUGUCUGUGCAUGUCUGUAAUGUGUGCCAACAUGUUCUAUAUUUGUGUGUGUGUGUGUGUGUGUGCGCGCGUUGAAAGUAAACGUAAAUAAAAUCCAACUUGAGUUCCCGCUCUGGCGCCGCUAGCAUUCAGAUGUUUACAUUUUGUUUACAUGUUAUUUAGUCUGUUAAUGUUUCCUUUAUUAGCCAAAUAUUACUGAUCACACACACACACACACACACACACACACACACACACACACACACACACACACACACAGGUUACCUUGCUGAUCAUACAGAGAGGUUCAUGGUUACUGUGUUGCUGACUCAGCACAGCCAGGUCUAAAUGCCAAAACACCGGCUGCAUACACACAGGACAUGAGAUAUAAAUCUGCUGAUGUCAAACUGAUGGCUGUUCUUUUUUUUAUUUUCGUUCAAGCACAUGUUGUCUUAUCUGUUUCAACUAACAAACGUUUAAAUUGUCGAUUAAUCUGACAAUUUCUUAUGAGCUAAAUCGUUUAGUCCAAUAUUUAAAUGUUAAAUGUAGUUUUAUGGCAGUUGAUAUCUCAAGGGUAAUCAAUGUAAUAUGAUUUGAAACAGAGAAAAUAAGAACAUCUGGAUUUGAGAGGUUUUUGUGACAUUUGUGCAUGAGAAAUUGCAGAUUAAAAAGAUGAAUCCAUUUUAAAGAGGCCCUGUUGUGCUUUUUGGGGGUUUCCCUUUUCUUCUACUGUGUUACGGAAAGGGUCUGCAAAGGCUCAAACAAGUGUGACAUCACUAUUGGCUAGCUCUCCAACACAUUGUACGUGAUGUAUAUCUAAGCGGUUGACCAAUCAACAGAGCUAGCCAGCUAACCAAUCAGAGCAGACUGGGCUCUGGUUUCAGACAGAGGGUGAAAAGAGGUGCUGCAGCACAGGCAGUAUGAGAAGAAUUAAGAGCUUUUGAACAUUAAAGCAUGGAGACAUGUGAGAGUAGAGGCACUACAUACAAAUAAGGCCCUUUUCCUAAAGUUGACGAUUAUUUUACUGUCAAUCGACCAAUCGUUGCAGGUCGAGUGUACUCCCUUGUUUACUGAUAUUUCCAUGACAUUCUAUACAUUUGCAUAUGUUCCUAACAUGUUCAAUAUUAUUAACAUUUUCCAAAAAAGGCUUCAAAGCUAAAGGCAUUUUGUGAAUAACGCUUUGGUAUAAAUGUUCUCAUCUAACUCUCGUGAAAGAAGCAUAUUUCCCAAAAUGUGAAAAUGUUGCUGUAAAAUAAAACCCUUUUCCAUUUGAAUUAUUGUACAUGUUUUACUUAUUUUUUGUAAAGUAUGUUUUUUAUUUUAUAGCAUGAGCAGCUAUAGUCCCAUUAACUGAACACAUAAGAGUGCCAAAUGCAAAUAGUCAAACAGAAAUAAUAUAAUGUUGCAAUUUCAUGUAAGUGCUGUAAAAACCUAUACAAAAAUGAAUUUUGAACAAAUUGUAAGUAUGUAGUUAUGAAUGUGAUUUUUUCUCUCAAAAAUCUGAUUUCCUUGUGUGUGUAAAUGCAACUGGUUAUAGUGUGUUCUGUGUCCUGCCAGUGUCACGUUAAACACCAGAUAAAUAUUUGAUUAUACAUGCAAAGGAUUAUUGUUGUAUAUUUGAUUGUUCCAAGUGUAUUGAUAUUGUUUUAGAAAGUCAAUUAUAAUUCUAUUUUCUGGAGAGCUAUGUUACUGAGAUGCAGUCGGUGGAAUAAAAGGAGCUCGCUGAGUCCUUUGCUGUAAAUUAAUGACUGAAAUUAUAACGAUGACAAUGAUAAAGAUAAUAAAAGUGGUUAAAAACA